AUGUGGAAGGCAGCGGUGUUGACAUUUGGGUUGUUGGUGGCACUGGUAGGCAGAGUGCGGUCCAAUUAAGGCCACCCCUCCUUUUAUGGGGUGAAGCUGUGUGGAAGAGAGUUCAUUCGAGCUGUCAUUUUCACCUGCGGAGGAUCUCGCUGGAAAAGAAGUGUUGGGGACUCUGGUGCCACUGGACACAAUGAUUUUCACUCAUGGAACACAAACUCCAUGCCUGAAUUUGCCAACGAGCAAGAUCCUUUAGAAUCCGAAGUCUGGAAAGGAACUGUCGAUGUUGCUUCCACUGAUGGUGGAUUCAGCCGCUUAGCUCGCACACCCAUCUCAGAGGAGGUGCUGGAGGCUCUGCGGAGUGUAGAUAGGAAAGGGCGCGAUGUAGUGGUGGGGCUGUCCAAUGCCUGCUGCAAGUGGGGCUGCAGCAAGAGUGAGAUCAGUUCCCUCUGCUGA